AUGAAAAUUGAUGAUGCAUUAUGGGCGUAUCGAACGGCAUUCAAAACGCCAAUUGGUACGACCCCAUAUCGAUUGGUGGAUGGUAAGGCUUGCCAUCUUCCCGUUGAGCUAGAGCACCGAGCGUAUUGGGCUAUCAAGAGCCUAAAUUUUGAUGCUAAAGCAGCAGGUGAGAAAAGAUUGCUACAACUUAACGAGUUGGAUGAACUUCGGAUGGAAGCUUAUGAAAACUCAAAGUUGUACAAGGAGAGAACAAAUAAAUGGCAUGAUAAGCAUAUUUUAAGGCGAGAGUUUCGCGAAGGAGAGUUGGUCAUGUUGUAUAAUUCUCGUUUGAAAUUGUUCCCUGGGAAACUCCGAUUAAGAUGGUCCGGUCCAUUUCAAGUACGAAAGGUUUUCCCCUAUGAUUCAGUUGAAAUUUGGAGUGAAGCUACUGGUUCUUUUAAGGUUAAUGGACAACGUCUUAAGCACUAUCGAGAAGGCGAACCCGUUGAAGGAAAAGCGGUUUUUACCCUUUCCGAUCCUCACUCAAAUUGA